GGAAGGACCCAGCGGGCGGGAAUUCGGCCUGUCUUUCCCGGUGGUUUAAGCGACGCCCCAAGCCGCAGGAGAGUGACGGGCUGGAGCGCCGGGAAUGUUGUUUUUGGCCGCAAUAGGGUGCCGUGCGCCGGGCCUGGGGCCAUGGUUGCGCGGUGCCCGGCGGUGCCGAGCUCUCCUGCUUGUGGAGAAAUGUUCGGCCGCCGGGGAGCCGAGAGACGCCCCCGCGGCCUCUUGCAGCAGGGCGGGGCCGCGAACUGUCUGGCGCGGAGCAGCUCGAUCCUUCUCCGGCAUGGCGGGAAACAAGCAGGUUCUGUUUCCUCUUGUGGAGCCUCUGUGCUGUUUCAGCACAUCACCCUUCCAUGACAAGUCUGAAUAUGGAAGAUUGGUUUACUGUGGAAAUUUGGCCAAGAUGGUAUUAGGUGUGAAAUUUUUCUCCUAUUCUACCAGCAUGCUUAGCCUUAGCAUGAUGACUUUCAUCAUCUUCAAAGCAGGUGUGGAUUUUAACAGCCUGCCGUUGCAAAUUGCCUUUUAUAGUAUUAUAGGAUUCUUUACAUUUGUAACACCAAUUACCCUGCAUUUAAUUACAAAGGGCUACGUGAUUCGGUUGUACCAUAAAGCUGAAACGGACACCUACACAGCCAUUACAUACAAUGCCAUUUUGGCAGAAAAGAAAACAGUAUUCCAUCAGAAGGAUGUGAAAAUCCCAGACAUCAGCAAGAUGUUCACAACAUUUUAUGCCAGAACAAAAUCAAUGCUUGUGAACCCAGGGCUCUUCCAGUAUCCUCAGGACUAUAAUCAUCUUAUGGGGUAUGACAAGCCUUUCACGUUUGACUUGGAAGAAUCAAAAGAAUGAGUGGAAGGCAAACAGAACCGUAAAAUAUGAGAUGUUUGAGUUUUUGGAAGUUUGUAUAUAUGCAGAUAA